CAGAUAGAUGGAGAGUAGCGUGUGAGGGAACAGAAGAGAGGAAAGAGAAAUACAACCAACAAAGCCAACGCCAACACAACUAAAGAUUGAGUGUUUUCUAACCAUAGAUUAGACAUAGUUUCUCUGCAAACUAUCAGACACAUUUUUCAAAUUUGGUUCUGUAAAACUAAAAUAACAUUUCUAAUAUCCAGCAAAUCACCUCUUCCGUAACAGUUGAAGAGAGUCCAUAGUUAGGGGUUGGAUCUGGUGAGUUGAUCAAUGGAUGAUGGUGGAGGUUCCAAAUUGAGUGGGAUUAGGCAGAUUGUGAGAUUGAAGGAAAUGUUUCAGAAGUGGCAAACUGUGACUCUGGGCUCAAAAGAUUCAAACCAUGAUUCUGAUGUUGCUCGUCCUGGAGGCAUUCCACCAUUGAUAAACAAAAGACUAACAAAUCUUUUGUACUGUGACUCUGAUGAGGAUAGCUGCUACAGUCCUCAACCACCGCAUGAUGUUCCCAAAGGUUACUUAGCUGUCUAUGUUGGGCCUGAGCUUCGGAGGUUUAUCAUCCCAACAAGCUACCUUAGCCACUCUUUGUUCAAGGUUUUGUUGGAAAAAGCUGCAGAGGAGUUUGGGUUUGAUCAGAGUGGUGGACUCACUAUUCCGUGUGAAAUUGAAACCUUCAAAUACCUCUUGAACUGCAUGGAGAACCACGAUGACAGCUCCGUCGACUCUUGGUGGAAUUGCAGCUGGAAACACAGCAACAGUGGAAGAAUAAAUACUUGCUCUCAUCUACAUAGAAGGAAAACCAUGGUUCUGGUUUCUACACUUUCUUCCAUUUUGGUUUUGAUUUCUUGCAUGAAGAAUGACAUAACUCCCCAACAAAAAAGAUUUGUGAUGGGUCAUUUGUUUGUAGAACAGCUGUUAAAAAUCUGUGUACUUUUCAUCCAGUGUUCUCCCAAUACAUGUACUUUCCCAACAUAUUCAAACAGAACAUUUUUGACAUUUAAUGAAGAAUAUAUCCAUUCAGGGAUGCGAAAAUGUGUUUCUUUUGGGGAUCAAAAGUACUUGAUUAUGAGUUGUGAGAUUCUCACGCAUCAUAAUUAUAUAAUAGGAGAUGCUUAAGACUUUUUCAUACACGCAUUUUCGUACUGCAGAAGCUGUUUUCUUGUUUAAAAAGAAUGUGACGAUGGAGCAUGUGCUUCUUUAACAUAAUCUUGAAUGAAAUCCGGGAUUUGAGCU